AUGAGUGCCAUCCGUCUCGCCGCCUUUAACGGACACCAGACGGUUCUCCGAAGAUUAAUCCUUAGCAAUGGGGGCUCGAUCAAUCAACCAGAUGGGGAUGGCACGAGUGCAUUGCAUUGGGCAUUAGAAAGGGGUCAUGCUGAGGGUGGACUAUAUAGAAGCGCUCUUCAAGCUGCUUCUUAUGAAGGAUAUAUCGAGGUGGUGCAGAUCCUGUUAGCCAAGGGAGCCGAUGUCAAUUUUCAGGGUGGAGAAUAUGGCAAUGCUCUUUAUGCCGCUUCUAACAAAGGACAUAUCGAGAUCGUGCAGAUCCUGUUAGACGAAGGAGCAAAUGUUAAUGCUCAGGGUGGAAAAUAUGGCAGCGUUGCUUCUGAAAGAGGACAUGCCGAUGUUGUGCAGAUCCUGGUAGACAAAGGAGCCGAUAUUAAUGGUGGAGAAUAUGGCAGCGCUCUUCAGGUUGCUUCUAAAAUGGGACAUAUCGACAUUGUGCAGAUGCUAUUAGACGGAGGGGCUGACGCUAAUGCCCAGGGUGGAAGAUAUGGCAUAUAUGGCAGCGCUCUUUGUGCCGCUUCCCAAAGUGGAUAUAGCAAGAUCGUGCAGAUCCUGUUAGACACGGGAGCGAAUGUCAAUGUUCAGGGAAAGGGGUGUAGCAACGCUCUUUAUGCUGCUUCUCACAUAGGACAUGUCGGGAUCGUGCAGAUCCUGUUAGCUAAGGGAGCGUAUGUCAACGUUCAGGGAAAGGGGUGUAGCAUCGGUGGAAAAUACGGCAACGCUCUUCAGGCUGCUUCUUAUGAAGGACAUGCCGAGGUGGUGCAGAUACUGCUAGACAAAGGAGGUAGAGAAUAUAGCAAUGCUCUUUAUGCUGCUUCUGGCGGAGGCUAUGUCGAGGUUGUGCAGGUCCUGUUAGACAAGGGGGCAAAUGUUAAUGCUCAGGGUGGAGCAUGUGGCAACGCCCUCCAAGUUGCUUCUCAUGGAGGACAUAUCGAGGUGGUGCAGAUCCUAUUAGACGAGGGACUGAAUGUUAAUGCUCAGGGUGGACUAUAUGGAAACGCUCUUCAAGCUGCUGCUGAUGGAGGACAUAUCGAGGUGGUGCAGAUCCUGUUAGACGAGGGAGCUGCUUCUCGCGGAGGACAUAUCGAGAUCAUGCAGAUUCUGCUGGACAAGGGUGGAUCUGGCAACGCUCUUCAGGUUGCCUCUGAAGGGGGACACAUCGAGGGUGGAUUCUAUAGCAAUGCUCUUCAGGCUGCUUCUAAAGGGGGAUAUAUUGAGGUUGUGCAGAUGUUGUUACACAAAGGAGCCGAUGUUAAUGGUGGAUUCUAUAGCAACGCUCUUCAGGCUGCUUCUGAAGGGGAAGAUGUCGAGGUUGUGCAGAUGCUAUUAGACAAAGGGGCUGAUGCCAAUGGAGAAGAUGGCAAUGCUCUUCAGGCUGAUUCUCAUGGAAGACCGGCCAAACGGGUAAAGCUCGACGCCGAUAAUACAGGCCCUAUUUAA